AUGUGGCUGCUUGGGUCCUUUUCGCAGCACGAGGACACGCUCAUGCUUCUGUAGCCCAAAGUCUGCCGGAGUUUUCACUGUUUAAUUUGAUAUAAAAGUAGUUUCAGGGAUGGACACUGAUGUAAUUACAACCCCAGGCGCUGUCGCUGCUAUUGACAGUAAAGACGACACAGAGCCUUUCACAAAGGUAAAGUCUAAAAAGACUCAGAAACGAAAACGUGAACAAGAUGGAGUGGACAUGGACACAGAGGGGCCCGUGGCAUGCAAGCGGCCGCAGUUUCCGCCUAUUUCAAGCGACAAAUUAAAGGGACCAGAUGAGAUGCGCAAAGUCGCCGUUCCAGCUCACAGAUACACCCCGCUGAAGGAAAACUGGCUGAAGAUUUUCACCCCCAUUGUAGAGAACCUACAGCUUCAAGUUAGAUUCAACCUCAAAACUAGGCAUGUUGAAAUCAAAACGUGCAAAGAAACGCAGGACAUCGGCUCGCUCACGAAAGCAUCAGACUUUGUUAAAGCCUUUGUUCUGGGAUUCCAGGUUGAAGAUGCUCUAGCUCUCAUCAGAUUAGAUGAGCUUUUCCUAGAAAGCUUCGACGUCACAGACGUGAAACCUCUGAAGGGAGACCACUUAUCCAGAGCCAUCGGAAGAAUAGCAGGGAAGGGAGGAAAAACCAAAUUCACCAUUGAAAAUGUCACAAAGACUCGCAUUGUGCUCGCCGAGACAAAAGUUCACAUAUUAGGGUCUUUCCAGAAUAUCAAGAUGGCCCGGACAGCGAUAUGUAACUUAAUCUUAGGAAGUCCACCUUCAAAGGUCUACGGUAACAUCAGGGUGGUGGCUAGCCGGACAUCCGAGAGAUUCUGAUUGGCUGCUGUGUGUAUUUAUCCUUCCCCCCGUUGGCUGGUGGCAUUCCCUCGUUGAUCCGUGACUGUUGACGACACCUCAGGUUUCUGUUAUGGCCUCGUGCAUCAAGCUGGAUCAGUUGAUCCAAAGCAUGAGGCAACACCACGAUACAAGCAUUCAGAGUUUAUAUCAAAGCAUAAGUUUGUGUAAAUAAAUAAGUUCAAUCCCCACUAA